UAAAAAUUUGACAGACGAUUGACUGCUCACAAAUGACUAGCUAGUCAUCACUCCAGUAUGUUUCUAAAGCAUCUUUACAAGUCUGCAUUUGUUCCUAGAGGUAUAACUCCACAGUAUACAAGUAUAAGAUCCUUAUUUAUUGCAUCUAUAGGAAAUCCCGAGCCAGAAUACGAGGGUACAAGACAUAAUGUAGGUCAUAGAUUGAUGGAUCAAUUGAUCAAUAUCUAUUGGAAAGACCAGUUAGAGAAGGUAGGAGAAGACUACUAUAGAUUGAAAAGAACCCCACAUGUAGUAUUGUACAAAUCUAAUGAUUCGUUCAUGAACUUACAGGGUUAUGCCAUCGUUAAACACUAUCAACAAUUCAGAAAUCAGGGUAGUGAAAUACUAUUUUUGCAUGAUGACGUUCAAGUCCAAUUAGGUAAAUACCAAUUCAGGCGUCCGACUCGUUCUCACAGAGGUCAUAAUGGAUUAAAAUCAAUAGAAAUGUAUAUGGGAAAUGCAUAUAGAAAUAUAGCUAUUGGAAUAGGCAGACCCCAAGAUACGAAGCUUGCUCUACUGGAGUAUGUUCUAGAGAAGUUUACAGAAAAAGAACUUGAAAUAAUUGACUUUGAUGUCCUACCUAAAUGUGUAAAAGAGUUAGAAACCUACCUAGUGGGCGAACCUACCCCGUUGAAGUAAAACAGGAGAGCUCUAGUCAAGCCAAAUGACUCAUGUGUCACAAAUAACUAUAUCAAUAUUAUUAGUAUUUGUAUUACUUACACUAUUACUACUAUUUAUACUAUUACUCAUUGUAACACCAUCACUGUAUAUAGCCAUAGACUUCGUGUACAUACACUACCUGUAAUUAGCUGAAUAUAAAACUUGUAACUCUCUACCAGUAUACCACUCACAUCUCACCCAACCUGCAAUUGAUGCCCCGUUAGCGCUCCGAGGGAACAAAAAUUGAUUAGUACCUGUUAGUGUUUUUUCUUUUUUUGGUAUGGCUUAUAGCCCAUGACAAACUAGUGGCCUAGCAGGAAUAAAGAGCGUAUAGAGCAGGAUGGAGUUCAAUCUAGUGCUAACGGCUGAAAGAUCAGUGGUAAGAGAAUCUUUGAAAGGUAAGUAACUUUUUACAGUUUAUUUGUUUAUGUACUAUGACACGCAUACUAACUGAAAUCUGAU